UGGGGCCGAUGCCGUGAUCCCCACGUCUCCUAAACGCGUAUAAAUAGCCCGCCCUUCCGCCUUCUUAGCCUUCUUUUCUUAUUCUCUCUCUCAAAAUUCAUUCUCUCUUGGUACGUUACAAGACCACGCCCUCUCCUUUCUCUCUCUAAAAACUCUCUAAAAAUUUGCUCUGGUUUGGUUACAGAACCAGGCCCUCUCUCUCCUUUUUUUUUUACAAUACGAGUUCCCUCUCGCCAUUAAGAGGUAUCAGGAGUUCUAGAUUUGGAAGUGCAUUGUUCUGCUGAAGAUCGCCUGGUUUGGCGGGGAUUGUGGGAUAAUUUGUUAUAAUUUGUAAGCACAUUUGGGUUGAGGUCAUUGUGCAAAUGUUCAGCCGAAGAGUAUAAAUGCAUAAAAUUGUUGGGGAUGAUAAGUUUUCAGGAAGCUUGCACCUGAUGGGUUGCACACAUAACACAAGUGAUAAGAAGACUUUGAAGAGGUGGUUUUUCAUUGAUAAAAGGGUUGGGUAAACAGUUUGAAGGAGCUUUUUUGUGUGAUAUUGGUUUGUGCUUGUUAUCUUGGUCCAGUUAUCAGCAGAAGGAAUAUAUCUUGUACAUAAGAGUUUAAUUCUUAACAUUAAGAUAAAAGAGUGUUGAUUCGAUGGACUUCAAGUCUAAUCAUUCCUCCCCAGUGCUCACCGAUCCAGUACCUUUAAACAAGGCGAGAUUAGGUAUUGCCGCAAGUUUGCUGCCAUAUUCGCCCUCCCAAACUGGUUUCUCUUCCGGCCUGCACUGGACAUGUGCCAGGAAGAAAUUCAUUCUCAGCAAACUUGAUGAUGCUCGUGCAAGUGGAUGGCUGGAUGCUAUGAGAUCCUCUUCACCACCUCGCAAGAGAUUUGUCAAAGAUGUCACCAGUGUGGAAGUUAUGGACCCGGAAGCAAAGGAUGCUUGCUAUCAAUCAUGGACUCUAAAGUAUCCAUCGGCUCUGAGCGUAUUUGAACAAAUAGUAGGUUCUGCCAAAGGAAAACAACUGGCACUGUUUUUAGACUAUGAUGGGACUCUUUCGCCAAUUGUGGAUGAUCCUGAUCGUGCUUUUAUGUCUAACACGAUGCGCGCUGCUGUUAGAGAUGUUGCAGAACUUUUUCCAACAGCAAUAAUUAGUGGAAGAUGCCGUGACCAGGUGUUUGACUUUGUUGGAUUAACUGAACUCUAUUAUGCUGGGAGUCAUGGAAUGGAUAUAUUGGGACCAGUGAAGCAUUCGAAGUCUCCCUCCCUUGUAGAGGAGUCACUUCCAAACUGCAUUAGAACUACAGACAAGCAGGGGAAGGAAGUAAAUUUAUUUCAGCCAGCAAAGGAAUUUAUACCUAUGAUUGAGGAGGUUUUUGAGCUGCUCGUGAAGAAUACAAAGGGGAUUAAAGGUGUGAAGGUUGAGAACCACAAGUUCUGUGCAUCUGUGCACUAUCGACGUGUAGAUGAGGAGGAUUGGGUUACAGUUGCACAAUGUGUGAUUAACGUAUUAAAAGGUUACCCGCGCUUGCGUAUAACCCAUGGGCGGAAGGUUUUAGAAAUCCGUCCAAAGAUAGACUGGAACAAAGGAAAGGCUGUUGAAUUCUUACUUGACUCGCUUGAUCUGACUGAUUCAAACAAUGUGCUUCCCAUAUACAUAGGAGAUGACCGUACUGAUGAAGAUGCAUUCAAGGUCUUACGAGAAAGUAACCGAGGUUAUGGCAUGCUGGUGUCAGCCUUGCCCAAGGAGACAAAUGCCUUCUACUCUCUGAGAGACCCAUCAGAGGUCAUGGAAUUUCUCAAGUGCUUGGCUAGAUGGAAGAAGGGAAGAGUGUAAGUGUUUAUAGGAAGAUAUACAGCUUCUGACCCAACCCUGCACAUGAUUGGAUUAUGGAGGAGGAAAAGUCAUAAGAUCCCCAUUUCCAGAAGUUGGUAUGGGCGUUUUGAUUUUUGCUUAUUUGCCUUUACUCCGGUUGUAUUCAGGCAUCCAUAGGCAUCCAUUCUUUUGUUUAUCUUCUUAUUUAACUGUCUGGUCCCAUUCUAUUUAUUGAUGCAAUUUAUUCUAU